GCGACGUGCUCAUGGACGGCGGCGACCUAGGCUUGGAGGAGGUAGUCGACGAGAGCGGCUGCUUAGAGCCCCUCUUCUACGACGAGGCGGAGGUGGUGGCCGAAGUGACGGCAAAGGCUGAGAGGCGGCGGCGGGAGGCCGAGGAGAAGGCGGCGGAGCACGCGCGGAAGGUGGAGGAGUGCACGCGGAGAAAUGCGGCGAACCAGGCCGUCCUCGACAGGAUCAGAGAGUACGAUCCCAAGACGGGGCGAGUCUGCUACACCCGAUUCUACCACAAGGACUUCUCCAGAUUCGACAUCGACGAGGAGUCGCCUCUGCCUCCGAUGCGGUACACUCACACGUCUCCAUCCACAUUCAUCAACCCGAGUGGAAAACGGGUUUACAGCCUGUGGGAGUCAGCAAACAUCUUCUCAGUGAAGAUAUCCGCUUCAGAUGUUCCCUUCCCGCUAGAGGUGUAUGGUACUGUGAUUGCCAGAGAUUAUCUUGAUUUCAAGUGUGUCUAUCUCUUCCGUCGCUCUCGAGAGGAUUUCCAAGUGAUCAACUCAGAGGAUGAAUCGUUGAUCUUGACUGGCCCAACUCGAGGGCUCGUGUUACUAGAUAAUAUAUACCUGGAGGUAGAUCUUAAGGUCAAGGACAAAAGGAACAAAGACCAAGAACUUAGCAAGGGACUGUGUGCGAUUGAUGGCGUAAGACUGGGUGGGUUGAAACAUAGUGAAGUUGGAUGUGUCGACCUCGAAAGCAGGCUGAGCACCGUGGAGGUGAAAUUUGCAGUUGUUGCAUUUGCCGUGGAGGCUAUCAUUGAAAUCAAGGUUAUCAAGGGAAAUUUCUGUGGAGAAAUCACAGCUUACACCUCCAGCAUUCAGGAUUGUCUUUUGCUACAUGAUAGCAAAGCAGGUGGUGUAACCUGUGAUGGUAGUGGAAUAGUCCAGCUGUUGCGUCGUGUUGUAUGUGUUGGCAAGAAGGAGAAGCUUCUAUUGAGGAUUGCUACUGCCUCUGCUACACAGACUGUUAGUUUUGCUCCAGAUGUCAAUGGUGCAGUGCAAGUUGAAAUUACUUGUGGCGAUGUUACAAUGCUCGUCAAGGUCAAUUGGUCAUUGUUUGAUUGA